UCUAAUUUGAGCAUGAAGUUGAAUCCCAACACACCCGCGUAAUGUUGAUCAAAACUUAGAGAGGUCAAGUAUAAGUUGUUCAGAAGUGUCCCUGAAUUGCAUUGAAGCAAUGGGAGCUCCAAUGAAGUACAUCUGUGUUCUAGUGUUUCUUGUGGUUUUGAGCAUUGCUGGCUUCAAUGGAGUAGAUGGAUAUGGGUCAUGUGGGAAACAUAACAUCGAGAAGGAAGCUGAGAAGCUGGCUCCUUGUACAAAGGCAGCACAAGAUUUGAAAGCUCCAGUUUCCAAGCGUUGCUGCACUGUCGUGGAGAAAAAGCUCAAGAAUCCUGGCUGCCUGUGUGCUAUUAUGUUAUCUCACACAGCUAAGAAUGCUGGAGUCAAGCUAGAAGUUGCUGUGACCAUUCCCAAACGCUGCAACAUUCCUGCUCGUCCCGUGGGUCACAAGUGUGGAGCUUUCCCACUGGUUUAG